AGCGACAAGUGUAAACAGUAUAUUUUGACUCACAGGAUGUGUUUGGUGCCGUUGGAGAAGUUGCCGAUCGAAAUGCACUCGAGUUUCGAAUCACUGAAGGAGGUAGACUUGGAAUGGGAUCGGGAGUUCGAUGAGCAGCCAUUCGGAGCUGACUACGGUCGCCUUGAAAAUGGCCUCGUUUACUACAUUCGCCAGAAUCCUAAGCCUAAAAUGAGAGCCGCUCUCGCCCUCGCCGUCCAAGCUGGGUCAGUUUUGGAGGAGGAAGACGAGCGAGGAGUUGCACACAUUUUAGAGCAUCUGGCUUUCAGUGCAACUAAGAAAUAUGAAAAUCAUGGGAUUGUUAAGUUCCUGGAAAGCAUUGGAGCUGAAUUUGGUCCUUGUCACAAUGCUUAUACAUCUGCGGAUGAGACUGUUUUUGAAUUGCUGAUUCCUAUAGACAGGCCUGAACUGUUAUCUGAGGCCAUAUCCAUUUUGGCAGAGUUCAGCACAGAGAUUCGAAUCGCAGAUGAAGAUUUGGAGAAAGAACGAGGAGCUGUCAUGGAAGAGUAUAGAAGUGGUCGAAAUGCUGCUAAAAGGACUCAGGAAGCACAUUGGAGAUUGUUGAUGGAAGGCUCAAAGUAUGCUGAACGCUUACCUAUUGGUUUGGAAAAAGUAAUACGAGGCGUUAACACUAAAACAGUGAAGCAUUUUUAUCAUAAGUGGUAUCAUCUAAGCAAGAUGGCAGUGAUAGCUAUUGGUGAUUUCCCUGAUACAAAGAGUGUUGUUGAGUUGAUAAAGACUCAUUUUGGGCAGAAAACUUCAGCAUCUAACCCUACAGCAGUGCCAAAUCUUCCUGUUCCUUCCCAUGAGCAGCCACACUACUCGUGUUUUGUGGAUUCUGAAGCCACCAAGUCUGAAGUGGUGGUCAGCUAUAAGAUGCCAGUUAAGAAAAUGAAGACUGUGAAAGACUACAGGGAUGCACUGGUGGAAUCCAUGUUCCUAAAUGCUUUAAACCAGAGGUUCAUGAAAAUUUCUCAUAGAAAGAAUCCACCCUAUUUCUCAUGCUCGGUAUAUGCUGAAGGUCUUGUUCGCCCAGUUAGAGCUUGUAUAAUCAACUCAUUUUGUAAAGAGAAUGGAACAUUAAAGGCCCUAGAAUCAAUGCUUACUGAGGUUGCAAGGGUACAGCUUCAUGGGUUCUCAGAACAUGAAAUAUCUGUUGUUCGAGCUCUAAUGGUGUCAAGGAUCAAAUCUGUCUACUUGGAGCGUGAUAGAAGGGAAUCAACCAGCCUGAGACAUGACUAUGUACAGCAUUUUAUCCGCAAUGAACCUGUUAUUGGGAUUGAGUACGAGGCUCAACUCCAGAAAACUAUCCUGUCUCAUAUAUUAGCAUCAGAGGUAUCCAAGUAUGCAGAGAAAUUACAAACCUCAUGCAGCUGCGUCAUAAAGACAGUUGAACCUCGAGCUUCUGCAACAAUUGCUGACCUGAAAGAGGCUAUUUUGAAGAUAAGUCAAUUUGAGAAGGAACAGAGCAUCGCUCCUUGGGAUGAAGAACAAAUUCCAGAAGAAAUCAUAGAUAUAAAGCCAAAUUCAGGGAACAUUGUAGAGCAGCAUGAAUACGCAAAUAUUGGAGCUACUGAACUAAUUCUAUCAAAUGGCAUGAAAGUUUGCUACAAGUCUACGGACUUUUUGAACAAUCAGAUUCUUUUUUCUGGGUUCUCAUAUGGGGGUUUAUCUGAACUCUCAGAAAGUGAGUAUCUUUCAUCUAUGAUGGGAGCACCAUUUGCUAGAGAACUAGGUGCAUUUGGUCACAAACCACCAGUAUUAGCAGAUAUGCUUGCUGGUAAAAGAGUUACAGUCACCACAGAGGUUGGGGCAUACAUGAGAACCUUCCAUGGUGAUUGUUCACCCUCUGAUUUGGAGAUUGCCUUGCAGCUUGUCUAUCAACUAUUUAUGGAAAAUGUAACACCAGGAGAAGAAGUUGAUUUAGUGUUGCAAAAGACAGAAGAAGAUAUUCGUGCUCAAGAGAGGGAUCCUUACACUGCAUUGAGAAACCGGUUGACUGAGCUUUUGUAUGGAAACUCUUAUCAUUUUAGGCCUCUUAAAAUAAGUGACCUCAGUAAUGUUAAUCCAUUGAAAGCCUGUGAAUAUUUCAACAGCUGUUUCAAGGAUCCAUCAACUUUUACUGUUGUGAUUGUUGGGAAUAUUGAUCUACCAACUGCAAUUCCUUUGAUACUCCAGUAUUUGGGUGGAAUACCAAAGUCGCCAAAACCUAUUCUCCACCGGAAGGGAGAUUACAUCAAAGGACUACCAUUUAACUUCCCCACAAGUGUAGUAAGAGAAGAGGUACACAGGCCGAUGGUGGAAGAACAAUGUUGGGUCACACUAUCCUUUCCUGUGGAGCUGAUGAAAGGGGCAAUGGUAGAAGAGAUUUGGCAUCUUCACUUCCUGACUGUACUUUUUGAAACAAAAAUAUUACAGGUUCUGCGUUUCAAGCAUGGACAGAUCUACUCUGCAAGUGUUUCAGCAAACCUUGAUGGUAACAUGCCUUGUAGAAUUGAUGACAUACAUGGCUAUAUUAGAAUAGCCUUUUCUUGUGACCCGAAAAUCUCCUCUAAGCUGGUCAAUAUUGUUUUGGAUGAAAUAUUGCUUCUCCAAAAAGAAGGGCCUUCAACUCAGGAUGUUUCAACCAUUCUAGAAAUUGAACAGAGGUCCUAUGAAAACGGACUACAGGAUAAUAACAAGUGGUUGGGUAAGAUUUUAAGCAGCUACCAAUCUAGGAUCUAUUCUGGUGAUAUUGGCACUUCCUUUAAGGUUAAUUUAGAAGGACGCUCCAGAAUUAGAGAAUCACUUACACAAUUAACAACACAGUCAGCAAUGCAGAGGAUAGUGCCCUACCCUUGCAAAAAUCAGCACACUGUUGUUGUUCUAAUGCCCCAACCAUGUCAGUCGAAGUGAUUGAGAUUAGCUCUGAUAUGGAACCCUUAUGAAAGAGAUGCAAAGAUCUUAGCAGGAUUUGCUAGUCUGAGAGUCAUGGCUCACAGUUUGUGGAGAUAUUCAUGGAGAUUGUAGGAAGCUUGUGUACAUCACAGCUUCAUGUACAAGGAAAGUGUGAAGCUUCCAAAAACAUUGCUUCAUUGAAAAAAGUUGAGACAAAGAAAUUCAUGUCAUGGUCAACAAACCGGAAGUUCCAAGUGUUUCAAAGUAGGCAUGUUAUUGGAGAAGCAAAGAAUGUAGCCAACAUCCUAGCUAAAUAGGGGUGCAAAAAGCUUUGGUUUCUUUUGUUUCUUUUGAUGAAGGUUCCCUCAAUGUGUAAUACUGCUUUUAUCCAUUACAAAGCGGAUUGCAUUUCAUUUCAUUCAGAACUUGUAAUACUACCUUUUAAUUAAUGAUAUUUUCUUGA